GCCAUUUUCAGUUUGAUUUAAUCUUCAGUAUGUCUUCAACAGAGAAAAGUUCACAACCCAUAGUAGAUUUAGCGAGAGAUAUAUUGCUAUGGAGGAGAAAGAAGAUGAGCGUGGUGGUGUUUUUCAUAUCAACAGCAACAUGGGUAUUGAUGGAAGUCUACCAAUUCAACUUCAUCACCAUUUUUUGUUGGGUGGGCAUGGCGGUUGUUACUUCAUUGUUCAUAUGGGGCAACAUGUGCAGACUUCUUGGAAAAGAGCCCCCAAGCUUGUCCGGAUUGGAAAUCACAGAGCAGUCAACAACAGAGAUGACAACUUUAUUCAGAGAAUCGAUAGAAGAGGCAGUACGAUGGAUGUUUCGCGUAGGAGCGGAGAGUGAGUGGUAUGUUUUUGCAGGUGUAGUUACUGGUCUCUGGAUACUCUCCAUAGUGGGAAGCUGCAUGGAUCUCCUAACACUUGCUUACAUAGGUAUUAUGAUGAGCAUGACCAUUCCUGUAAUCUAUAUAAAGUACGAGGACAAGAUUAAAAGGUAUGGAGAGAGGGUGAAGGUGCAUUGGAGAAAACUUGUCGAGAUUGUGGAUGAGAAGGUGUUUAUGAACGUGAAGAACAAGUUAUUCAAACAGAAGGAGAAGGAGAAUGAGAAGAAGGGGAUGGAGAAGGAGAAGAAGGUUGAGUAGUGGGUUGCCUUUUUCCAACCCAAUAAAGGCCUGCAUAUAUUCUUAGUAGUUCUUCUCGUUGAUGUUGUUAGUAAGCAUUGUAAAUUUGCCGUUUCAGUAUUUUCUUGAAUGCGUAACAAAAUAUGGAUGUAAAUAGCAAGUU